GGCUACUUCCGCCUGUCUCCGCCCAGCAGCGCGCGCUUUGAGACCAGGGCCUCGGGCCCUGGUCCCGCGCGCUUGGGGGAGUGGCGCUCCUUUGGGCGCCUUCUGUGGUUUGCGAUUCCACCCCCAGACUCCCACAGCACGGUCACUUCCUUCUUUCUGCCCAGUCUAGUCACUCAUUCCCCACUGAGCUGGCUUUCCUUACGGCCCCUGGCCCUGUUCUUGCCCCAGCAUGACUUUUUUCAGGGCGCCGUUGUAGGAGCCUCCCGCAGGAGCUCUGUUCCCAUGAAGAUCCCACUGGUGACUCUCCAACCCCGCCACCAUGAACGGGGUCUUGAUCCCUCAAACGCCCAUCGCUGUGGACUUUUGGAGCCUGCGCCGGGCUGCCUCCGCCCGGCUCUUCUUCUUGUCCCACAUGCACUCGGACCACACCGUGGGUCUCUCUAGCACCUGGACCCGGCCCCUCUACUGCUCCCCAAUCACCGCUUACCUCUUGCACCGUCACCGACAGGUAUCUAAGCAGUGGAUCCGAGCCCUGGAGGUUGGUGAGAGCCAUGUCCUGCCUCUAGAUGAAGUUGGGCGAGAGACCAUGACUGUAACCCUCAUCGAUGCCAAUCACUGCCCUGGCUCUGUCAUGUUUCUGUUUGAAGGAUACUUUGGAACCAUUCUCUACACAGGGGAUUUUCGGUAUACACCGUCCAUGCUGAAGGAGCCAGCCCUGAGACUGGGGAAACAGAUCCAUACCUUAUACCUAGACAACACCAAUUGCAACCCAGCUCUGGUUCUUCCUUCCCAAGAAGAAGCUGCCCGCCAGAUUGUUGAGCUCAUUCGAAAGCACCCACAACAUAACAUAAAGAUUGGACUCUAUAGCCUGGGAAAAGAGUCACUGCUGGAGCAGCUGGCCCUGGAGUUUCGGACCUGGGUGGUAUUGAGUCCUCGGCGCCUGGAGUUAGUGCAGCUGCUGGGCCUGGCAGAUGUGUUCACAGUGGAGGAGAAGGCUGGCCGCAUCCAUGCCGUGGACCACAUGGAGAUCUGCCAUUCGGCUAUGCUGCGUUGGAACCAGACCCACCCUACCAUUGCUAUCCUCCCCACCAGCCGGAAAAUCUACCGUUCCCACCCCGAUAUCCACAUCAUCCCUUACUCUGACCAUUCCUCCUACCCUGAGCUCCGUGCCUUUGUCGAAGCACUGAGGCCGUGCCAGGUGGUGCCCAUUGUCAGGCGACAACCCUGUAGGGACUACUUUCAGGACAGCCUGAGCCCCAGGCUCUCUGUGCCUCUGAUUCCAGACUCUGUACAGCAAUACAUGAGUUCCUCCUCUAGAAAUCCAAGUUUUCUCUGGCUAUUGUUAGAAAGGAAGCUAAAGAGACUGAGAACCCAGGGUGUCGUGUUUGAAUCCCUUGAGGAAAAUGCUGAUCACUCGCAAGCUGACAGGGACUUGAAGAAGACCAAGAAUGAGAACCUUUCUGGGGAGCUUGAGAAGCGGCCCUCCCACCAUCCUUUGAAGAUCAAGAAGCAGCCGUUCCCGGACGUCCGCAACAAAGAAUGGGAGGGUGCAGUCCCUUCCUCCGAGUCCCAGAAGAUGGUGACUGUAUUGACUGCCCCCUCGGGUUUUUCAGUGCACUUAGGGUCUACAGAUAAAGAAUUUUCCUCUCCGGAAACUGGGGAGGAAAUCAGUGUAGGGCCCUACUUGGUACCCAGGGGAGACAAUGCGGGCUCAGCAGCCACAGGGAACCAGAGAGCCUGGAUGGGCCAGGAUUCUCCCCAGUCUCACAGCAGCAAGGCUGCCCCUCUUCUGGCUCCUGAGUACAGGGGCCUGGCACUCAAAUACCUUCUGACUCCAGUGAACUUUCUCCAGGUAGGGUUCUCUUCCAGGGGCUUUGACCAGCAAGCGGAAAAAUACCAUCAACUCUUGCUCAAGUACAGACAGGAGAGUACAGAAUGACAACCUUGUUUGAUCCAACACUGCACUUUUUUAAAAAAAAUUCAUCAAGAGUUGUUUAUUUUCAAAGUUAGCACUCUUUGUAUUUCUACCACUAACAAAUGGGCAGUGCCACAUCAACACUGCACUUUUUUUUUUUUUUUUUUUUUGCGGUACACGGGCCUCUCAGUGUUGUGGCCUCUCCCAUUGUGGAGCACAGGCUCCGGACGCGCAGGCUCAACGGCCAUGGCUCACGGGCCCAACCGUUCCGCGGCAUGUGGGAUCUUCCCGGACCAGGGCACGAACCCGUGUCCCCUGCAUCAGCAGGCAGACUCUCAACCACUGCACCACCAGGGAAGCCCAACACUGCACUUUUGAAGAUAGUGGCUGAUGGCUUAUUUGGGGCCUUACUUUUCUGUGGUACAUGCCCACCCUGUAACAAGACUUCUCAAAGCGUGUUCAUUGGAAUCCUAGUGUCUAUGGAAUCCUUAGUUCUAUAAUUGACUUGUGUUUAAGAAACACUUUACAUUAUAACCCCUUUACAGUAUAUGUGAGCACAUUAAAUGUUCUGGGAAGUCCUGCAGUAAUUUAAUCUGUUUAACUUUGUUUAACCCAGUAUUUCUCCAAACUUUUUUUUUUUUGGCUGUGUGGCAUGCGGGAUCUUAGUUCCCUGAUCAGGGAUCGAACCCGCGCCCCCUGCAGUGGAAGCAGAGUCCUAACCACUCUGCAGACUUUGUGAACAUGCAGUUCUCUUGUGUGGCUGCAGAAAGAGAUAGAGUCUGAUCAAAAAGGACCAGUUUAUUCCCAUUGUUUUGUGUGUCAUGUGUCAUUCCCCAUGUCCCCUUCUGUCUCUUCCUAGAUAAAAGUCCCUAGGUAGUUCUGUUUUUUAAUUUAGGAACUGUGGUGCAGGAGGAUAAAGUGACCCAGGCAGCACGUUCCAAUCCUGAAGGGCACUGAUUUGCUGUGACCCCAUCCAAGUCACUUCCUGUCUCUGCCUCUGGGAGGGAACAGGAAGUGAUGAAGAUCCUUGAAAAACUGGAGAAAAUUUCCACCUCUGCCUCCGUGAGAGUUUGCAGUUAGUGUCCCUGAGGACCUACCUGGAAGACAGCCAGCUGGGGGACUGGGCACCCCUCACCAAGGCAGUAUCUGGAACCCAGCCAAACAUUAGGCUUAGAGUAAGAUGGGCCUCCCAGCUGCCUAGAGGCCCUGACUAUUUGGCUGAAAUAAGGUUACAAAAGAUCAAAUGUGCUGCCAGAUCGUCUUGAUUGUUCACACAGCUGGGAUAUUUGCUGCCCCCCUCCACCCAGUAUCCCCCCCUUCCAUCCUUGGGUUGAGUAGGGAGCUGGAGGACAUAGCCUGUUUGUUUCAGUAACCAGGGCAGAGACGAAGGAGCCAGCUGGUGGAAGGGGUGAGGGUGUGCAGUUCUGCCCUGACCUUCUGCUCACAGCCUGACAAAAUGCCAAACCAAUAUGCAGGACAGCAGAUACCACAGUCACAGGGGGCACAGGCAUGUGGAGCUGGGCACAUGGAUAAAAACAAUGAAGAAGCCUCUGAUUCUUGUCCAGGGGGCUGGAAAUUGUCUACUUCUGGAGGAAAAUAUAAAGAGUUUAGAAAGCAAAAUAAGGCCUUUCUCUUGGGCAAGCUGUAUACAGCUCUGUUUUGUCAGUGACCUUCACUGUAAGCCUCCCAUGGGCCCACUAGGAGCCAUAGCAGGUGAGGCAUGUGGGGUAGCAGGGGACAUGGGCACUGUCCUGGGCUUGAAUCCAGGGUACCUGGGCAAAUAGAGAUAUCAGGCUUCCAUAGCAGAGCCUCAGUUUCUCAUCUGUAAACCAGGGACUCUCCUGAUUGCUUUGGAGGUUAGAGAAUUGGUAAAAUUCCUAGCUCAGUGCCUAUCACAUGAUGGAUAUUUUAAAUAUUGGUUCUCUCAGCCUCUGGUUCUUUAAAAAAAAAUUAUUCUCUAUAUAAAAUAAGAAACUUUGGAAGUCAUACAAAAUAUAAAGAAAAAAUCAGAAUUCCUCCAUGUAGAUCAAUUAUUUUCUUCUAGUCUUUUUCUGUGCAUGUAAAUAUAUUAAAUAUAUAUAUUUUUUUCCAAAUUGGGGUAAUAAUGUAUAUAGUUUUAUAUCCUGCAUUUUACUCUUAAUAUUUUAAGCAUUUUCUCAUAUCAUUAAAUAUUAUUCAAAAUGUCAUUUUAAUAGUUGUAUAAUACCCUAUCAUAUGGGUAUACCUUAAUUAAAACUAUUUCUGUUUUAUUCAACAUUUUGUGUGCUCUUUUUUUCACAAUUACACAUAUUACAAUGGACAUUCUUAUGCAUAUAUCAUGGCAUUUGUGUUUAUUUUCUUGGAGUAAAUUACUGGAAGUGGGAUAACAGUUUUAAGUUUUUAAAAUUUAUUUUAUUGAAGUAUAGUUGAUUUCCAGUGUUGUGUUAAUCUCUACUGUACAGCAGAGCGAUUCUGUUAUAAAUAUAUGUACAUUCUUUUCCAUUAGGUUGAAUAUAGUUCCCUGUGCUAUAUAGUAGGACCUUGUUUAUCCAUUCUCUAUAUAGUAGUUUGUAUCUGCUAAUCCCAACAGUCUUAAGUUCUUGAUGCAAAUUGUGCCCAGUGCCCUCCAGAAAGGUUUCCUUACUAUCCUUUCUGCAGAAGAGGAUAGCAUUAAAAUACCUUGAAGACUCAUUAAGUUCAAAUGGUGUCAUUAGAAUGGUACGUAGAAAAUCAUCUUGUGUGCUACAUUAAUAUUUACUAAGCUGUGUGGGCAAGGCUUAGCCUGACUUCAUCUGGGAGCCUCUAGCUGUCUCACUUCUGUUCUACUCGAAGGUGGCUGGGAGAGAUAAGGUAGGCUUCAGUACAAGGGCCCCCAGAUGGGAGUUAUCUUCUAGCAACAAGGAAACCUGUCAACUCUUGGCACGUGCUGUGUCACACGUAUUCCUAUAGAAUACCUUCCAUAUAGAAGCGGGAUCUAUAUGAAUUCAAAUGGGGGGGUGGGAGGUAGAAGCAAAGGGCUUUGAGGAAUUUAGUUGUUGGUGGCAUGUUUUUGUAUUAAUAAUGGGAAGGGACUUCCCUGGUGGCGCAGUGGUUAAGAAUCCCCCUGCCAAUGCAGGGAACAUGGGUUCGAGCCCUUGUCCGGGAAGAUCCCACAUGCCGCGGAGGAUCCCACAUGCCGCGGAGCAACUAAACCCGUGCGCCACAACUACUGAGCCUGCGCUCUAGAGCCCGCGAACCAUAACUACUGAGCCCGCAUGCCACAACUACUGAAGCCCGCACUCCUAGAGCCCGUGCUCUGCAACGAGAAGCCACUGCAAUGAGAAGCCUGCAAACCACGACGAAGAGUAGCCCCCACUCACUGCAACUAGAGGAAGUCCACGCAUAGCAACGAAGACCCAACGCAGCCAUAAAUAAAUAAAUAAAUAAAAUUUAAAAAAAAUAA